CCUAGAAAACGGAUGACCUGUUUUGUUUUAUUUCUUCUGCAUUUAGUCAUGCUUCAGGCUGCAACUGAACCAGCCAAGCCGAACUAACCCGCGACUACAGAAGCUGUUGUGGAAGAGGUCUGUCCUCUGGGUGUGGAGACCCUGACAGCAGCCACAGAGUCCAGGCUGACUCAGGACGUCCCUGGUCUGCCUCACUGUGAGAGAGUGCAGGAUGUGGCAGCUGGAAAAUGGAAAGCCAGGGCCCGUGGCCGCAGAGGUAUUUCUGAUCCCGACUGAGAAAUGACAGCUUCUCAGAGGAGACAUCAGCAGUGACGGGACGAACGACUCCGCGCUCUCUCAUCACACAAUCACACAGACGCCAUCAUGUCUUCCAAGCUGGUCAUCAGGCAGCCUCAGCCUGUGAUGGAGGCCCGAGAAUCCGACAAGUGGGGAUCCGGGAUAUGUGACUGCUGUCAAGACGUGCCUGAGUGCUGUUUUGCUUUCUGGUGCUGUCCCUGCUUCGCCUGUAGAACCACCAGGGACUACGGCCAGUGUCUCUGCCUCCCCCUGCUGGACAUCUUUGGCUGCAUCCCACCCAUCACCAUGUCCAUGAGGGUCUCCAUGCGGCAGCGUUACGGCAUCAAAGACACCAUGUGCAGGGACUGUGUAUACGCGACCUGCUGCACCUCCUGCACCUGGUGUCAGAUGUCCAGAGAGAUGAAGAGAAGGAACAUCCAGGUCGUCCUGGUCAGCGCCAAAAACAGCUGA